UUACAGUGAAAGAAUUUCAGGCAAAGUUGACCCGCUGCCAUUAAAGCGAGCCAAGGCAAAUAUUAUAAUGCAUGGCAGCAGGAUAUGUUGUUGUUUGUCAUAAUCUACGUGCAAACCGAACACAAGACGAGCAGAGCGAUUGGCUGCUGCGGACAAAAGCCGCUUUACCUGCCAGGUGGAGAGACAGUCACUGAGAGGGGCAGGGAGAAAAGACGCGGGGCGAGAAAAGUCGACUUACCUGUAGCCCAACUUCUGGCAACUCGCUCACUCUAUUACCUGCUCCGACUUGAAAGUCCAGUUUCACAAGGAAGGAUCGUAGAGGAAGCAAAAUAUGUCACAGGAGACAGACAAUAAGCGUCUGGUGGUGGUGGUCCCCAACGAGAACUCGUUCCCUGCUGUGCGUCGGGCCUACACCAGCGAGGACGAGGCAUGGAGGUCAUAUCUGGAGAACCCGCUAACGGCCGCUACCAAGGCCAUGAUGAGCAUCAACGGGGACGAGGACAGCGCCAACGCCCUGGGCCUGCUCUACGACUACUACAAGGUGCCUAAAGAAAAGAGGCUUCUUCCAGUUCCUAAAGUCGUUGAGAUUACAGAGGAACAGGAGAAGAGAUCUAUGUUACAAUGCAACCCCAGCAGCCAAAACGAGGUGGAGACCGUGGACAACCGCGUUCAGGUCCUCAAGUCCGUUCCCGUCAACCUGUCACUGAACACAGAGCACCAGGAGACCAAACGGGAGCAGUACAGCAACUCAACGGCAGUCGGGUCGGCGCCAGUGGACGGAGGCUCAUCGGCCGUGGCCGUGGUGAAGGCUGAAGUGUACGCGCCCGUGUUCAUCCCGGGACAGGGUCUUCACUCUUUCAGGAUGGAGGGUGAGGAGCCGGCGAGGGUGAUCUACGAACAGAGUCCGUACGAGGUGACCACCACCAGUCACAACUCAUACGUAAAGGAAGAUCAGCAGAGUCCACCUGACAGCCCGUAUGAAGAGGAGAGAGACGGGAAGUACCACUCACCUUCCUCUCUGGCUACAGAUGACUUCUUAUUUCACCAGGAUGGAGUUGACACUUUCCAGUACACGUUGGAUGCCUCGCGCUCACUGCGUCAGAAGCAGGGUGAGGGACCGAUGACCUACCUGAACAAAGGCCAGUUCUACGGCGUGACUCUAAACGAGCUCAGCGCCAACAAGCGCCUCCGUCACCCCAUCAGUAAAGUCCGGAGCGUGAUCAUGGUGGUGUUCAGUGAGGACAAGAACCGAGACGAGCAGCUAAAAUACUGGAAGUACUGGCACUCUCGGCAGCACACGGCCAAACAGCGAGUCCUUGAUAUCGCUGAUUACAAGGAGAGCUUCAACACGAUCGGCAACAUCGAAGAAAUCGCCUACAACGCCAUCUCCUUCACCUGGGACGUGAACGAAGAGGCCAAGAUCUUCAUCACAGUCAACUGCCUGAGCACAGACUUCUCCUCUCAGAAGGGCGUGAAGGGUCUUCCUCUGAUGAUCCAGAUCGACACGUACAGCUACAACAACCGCAGCAACAAGCCUCUGCACAGGGCCUACUCACAGAUCAAGGUCUUCUGUGACAAGGGAGCAGAGAGGAAAAUAAGAGACGAAGAGAGAAAGCUGUACCGCAAGAAGUCAAAAGGGAAGGAUGGAGGUGUAGGGGUGAUAACUCCCGCCAAAAAGUCAGACACCACCUAUUUCAAGACCAUGACCGACUUGGAGGCGCAGCCCGUCCUCUUCAUCCCAGACGUUCACUUUGGCAACUUGCAGAGAGCCGGACAGGUGUUUGCCUUCAACACAGAGGAGAUUGAGAGAGAAGGGAGCGUGCUGGUGAAGAGGAUGUUCAGGCCGUCGGAUGAAGACCUGUGUCCGUCGCCUCACAAGCAGAUCAAAGAGGAGACACACAAGAGAGUGCUGCUGUAUGUAAGGAAGGAGACGGACGAGGUGUUUGACGCCCUGAUGCUGAAGUCUCCCACGCUCAGGGGCCUGAUGGAUGCUAUAUCAGAGAAGUAUGGUGUGCCCACGGACAGGAUAGCCAAAGUGUACAAGAAAAGUAAAAAAGGUAUCCUUGUGAACAUGGACGAUAACAUCAUCGAGCAUUACUCCAAUGAAGACACCUUCAUCCUGAGCAUCGAGAGCUACGCAGACUCCUACAAGAUCAUACUGACAGAGAUCUGACAGCUGAGCCCGGAGACAAAACAGACGCUGUGACUGCUGCAACCUGACACUGAUUGGCUGAUAAAAAGACUUACAUUACUGGAGACAGUCCAUCGGUGCAGUUGUACCGACGGUUUGAGGUCAGCAUCGACACAUCUGAUCCCCCUCCGACAUUCUCUUCCGAGCGGGAGGACAAGGAUAUAGUUAAGGACAUUAAAAUGGACGGCCUAUAUCCUCUUAAGUUGCGAGGCGAAAAGAUGGCACACAAAUGGAUCCAUGUCCUCCAGUUUCACUUAAUAUUUUUAUUGUAUAAAAGAAUUUGUACGUAUAUUCUUGUUCUGUACAGAGUUUGUGUUUUUGCCAAAUGCUAUCAGGAGUGGCCUCAUGAAAUGCCUGAUGUACUGUAUGUAGCCGCAGCUUGCAUUAGUUGUUCCCAAGUAACUUAGCAGCUUCUUUGCAUGCCAGUCUUUGUUUCCAUAGAUGUGUUUUUAUUUAUUAACGCAUUAAUUGUGUUUUUGCAAUUCUUAAGCAACUUAUCCAGAAAUUUCAAAUACUUUAGUACAUUUCAGUGACUUUUCUUCUAGUCACCCUCUGCAACCGUACUCAAGGUGUUUCAUCUCUCAGCCAUGUUGUAAUAUAUAUAUACAUGUGAACAAGUGUCAAUUUGUAGAGACUUACAUGAGAUGGUAAUAAUUCAGAAAUACUAUUAACAUCUCAAAUUUAGACAAAUGCUACUUUGUGGUCUUGAUUUCAUGUGCUUGAAUUUUGUGUUUAAAAAUUAAUAAAGAUAUUAUGAGUAGAGAUGUAA